AUGACAGGCCAAAGCCCAGCCGUCAUUACUACUGGCUUGAUGAAGCGCGCAUGGUCUAAACCAGAAGGUCCUGACCCGAACCUUGCGCAAGCCAAAUACUUUGCAGCAGCCUUCUCAGCCAUUGCUGGUCUUUUUAUCAUCUUCCGUUUAACAAGAAAACUAUACAUCAACCACAGAAGAAACAACGGCCAUGAAUCGUCGGAAAACUCGCUAGUGAAAGGCGUGAGGUCUGUCUAUGAAGUUUCAACGUCUAAACUCAUAUUUGGAUAUAAUGGUGGCCUUGUGCUCCUAUACCUUGCAUAUUGGGCUAUCAACGUCGUAUUAUACCUCACGAACGUUUCUUUAAAUAAUUUACACGCUGUCGGAAGCCGUCUAGGAUGGAUGGCCGUCCUUAACCUGGUAAUAGUCAUAUUCCUCAGCCUCAAGCAUACUCCUCUCGCGCUCUUAUCAGUCAGUAGCUACGAGAAGCUAUUACCUCUCCACAAAGUUGCCGGAUACACCACCAUCAUCGCCGCAUGGGCCCACGGAAUUUUAAAUUUCAAAUAUUUCUCUGACUUGGGGCUUCUCAAUGCAGUUGUCGAGGAAGAUGGACUCCUUGCUGGUGUGCUAGGUAUCAUUGGCUUUGCUGUCAUUGGUAUUUCUACGUUUCCGUGGCUUAUGAAAGGUGGCUAUGAGGUGUUUUACGUGCUGCACUUCCUUCUCACGUUGUUCGUCAUUAUCGUCAUCGGCCUUCAUAAAAGCAUAAUAGCUGAAAAGGUCCUCAUCGUUAUACUUUUGAUAGCUUCAAUGACAUUCGUCGACCGAGCCCUUCGAUUCGGCAAACUAGUCUACUAUUCGUUCGGAAACUAUGCAACACUAACAGCCCUACCAGGCGGGGCAACUCGCGUACGACUGCAUUGCUCAAUAAAUGCAAAGCAAGCCUCACACGCAUACCUCUGGAUACCUUCCAUCCGCCUCAUCCAAACCCACCCUUUCACGCUCGUCUCAACGAACCCCGUUGAAUUUGUUGUUCGAGAACAUGAUGGUUUUACAAGAGAUUUACACAGAAAGGCGCAACAAGUUGGGCCCGAGGCUAAACUACGCGUCUCGCUCAACGGUCCUUACGGGGCACCAACAGAGGACUUUACGGCGUACGAUGACGUGGUUCUUGUCGCUGGUGGGAGUGGUGGGAGUUUCACGUUCCCGGUGGCAUUAGACCUUGUUCGACGACGACAGCAAGCGAAAGAGGACAAGCAGGCUAGGAUUAGAAUUGUAUGGGCUGUAAGGACCAAAGACGCGUUGAACUGGUAUCGGUAUGAGCUCGAGGAACUCAUCUCGUCUGGUAUCGUGGAAGUAAAGCUUUACAUGAGCAUGCUCCAGGGUACGAGUAGCUCCAAUAAUUCAGUUCCCAGCAGCUCUGCAUCAUCAAGACCGAAUCUUCAAGAUGCUGAGAAGAGGAAUCAUGGUAACAGUUUUCUGGGUGUCAAGAUCGAAGAGGGUAGACCAGACCUUGACUCCCUACUGAACGACUUUAUUGACGAGGCUGGCCCGAGUCGGAGAGUUAUUGUUGGAGCCUGCGGGCCGCGUAGUUUCAUGAAUAUUGUGCACGCUCAUGCAUCGCGGAAUGCCGGAAAUGGAGAGGGAGCUGUGGUUACAUACUAUAAUGAGGUAUAUCUAUUCAUUAUUUGGUGA